AUGUCUAAAAUGCAAGCUAAGGGAAGUAAAAUUGACUUCUUGGCAUUCAAAUUCUUAGGAGAAAUAAAACUACUUUCUGUUGACAAGAAACUCUUGCAAGAAGACCAUCUCAAUGCUUGGAGAGAUCUAAGGACAAUUGAUAUAGUGACAAGACAUAAUAGGAAUUCUUCUACUUACCAGAAAAGAGUUGAGGACUUGGCCAACAAAAUGAUGAAAACCACUUCUGACCAAAGAAUGAAUCUUCAUAGGGAUGCUGUUGAGUGGUCAGAGCACAAGGCCAACAAACCUCUUGCAAUUGUGAUGUAUUACCUUAUUCAACUGCUGAAGGUACAUUUGCCGGAAAGCACCCAUGAAGAGAUAGAAUUUCUCCCAGAGGAUGUAAAAAAACAUUUCAAGGUCACUUACUUUGAUAAUACAUCCUUGUCCAGGAAUAUGAUUGAUCCAUUCAUGGAUGCUAGCAUGCCUUUUCUUGGAUGGCACUUAUUGAUGGAAUGGUUCAACAUAAACCAUGGAAUUGGUCUCCACUCGUCAGUCAAUCAAAUACAAUAUGAAUGGAAGAAAACAAUCCCAAAAGUAGCUCAAGUUGGAUAUGCAAGCCAUUACAUGUGUUAUAUGAAGCUGAUUGAGAAGAUUGAAGUACUAGCUUCUGCAGCUAUCCAGGACAUCAAUUUGAUCAAGAAAGUUGAUAGUAAAAUUAGCUUUAGAUCUUUGAAGAAAUUCUUUGGAAGAAAUGUUUCUGAUGUCCACAUUCUUCAAAAACACCUGCUCAAUGAACCACAUGACAAAACUAGGCCAUUGAAAUUUCCCCUCUUUGGAAUCCAUUUCAAAAUUGAUGGAGAGAUCUCAGAAAAUAUCAAAGCUGACAUUAUCAAAUCCUGGAAGUCCUUUAGUGCUGACCAUGUUGGAAUUGCAUCUGAGCUGUCUAAAAUUUCAAGAAGUACUUCAAAAAAGGGUACUACUUUACCAGGAAAGGUGAGAGAUAUGAGUGGGUACCGUAAAAUCAAGGGGAAAACAAACAAAGACAACCCACAGCAUAAUCAGAUGUGGAGGCACAUUGCAAGGACAAUAAAUCUAGUCACCAACCUUGAUCCACCUAAAUCUUCAGAAAAGUUGAUAUUAUGGCAAAUUUUGAGAUCUGUAUUGACAGUUAUUGCAAACAAAUUUGAACCAACAAAAUUUGAAAGACAAAUAGAAAAUACUGUUAUGUUUUAUCUGUUGAUCAGGAGGCUUGGAGAAGUUCUUGAAGAGGCUGUGAAGAGCCAGUCUUCUUCAAAUGAUCCUGGUAUAAGAUGCACCAGAGCACAAUUCAUGAUGUACUAUUGGUCCACAAUGUGCUACAGUUCAACUGGACUAAAAAACAAGCAGGAAAAGACUAACCAGCGGAUGCAAUUUGAGCUUGGCCGGGUUUAUUUUAAUCAUUUGAUAUCUUCACAGAGGUUGAACAAAUUAUAUGACCAUAUGCCAAAAUAUUCCGAGAACAGUUCAAAGGAUUAUGCACUUGAAAUGGAUCAAGAAAAAGAAACCAUGGUAUCCCAAUCUACAGCAAUGAAAGAAGUCAUAAGACAUAGACACAGAAUGCCAGAACAAUCUAAAAAUGAUCAUAGUACAUUUGGAAGGAAUUUUGUUCACUCUGACUAUGCACUUGAAGGCCAGCCACAUGCCUCCAAGGGCUUGACUUCUGCUGAAACAAUGAUCACAAAUUCUGACAGGAUGAACUUUGAGGUCCCUAGAAAAAGAUCUAGCCGGUACCCAAACUCAAUCACUUCCAACAAAAAGCUUUUGGUAGAGCACACAACAGACCACACAUCUUCACAAACCUCUCCUCAAAAGAGAAAACCAGUUGAAGACACUUUGAUGCAUUCUGAUAGAUCUGUUUCUAUUGGAGUAAAAAAGAAACAAAGGACAAAUAAACUUGUGAAUUCAUCCCUUGGCAGUGUGAGUCAAUGGCCCACCCAAAUUUUUGCCCCCAUGCACCCCUCAACAGUUGAACCACAAAACACAUUUCACCACAAAAUUUCAAGUCUCAAAGAGCCAGAAGCCAUCCAAGAAUCAAAUACUGGUGGUAAGAAAAUCAUAUUGGGUCAGAUAGAUGUUGAAGGUAUUGGGCUUGGAGGGUAUACAAGUGAUAUUUACCAUUUGAACAAACCACCACUUUCAUCAAUUACACCAGUUCCUGGGCCAACAUUACCACAAGAUGGCCAUAUUCAUUUAUUUGAUCUCAAUAAACCAUGGGAAUAUACCUCAUGUGUUGAAAAAUUCAGCAGCAUGCUUCCAGAUUUGAAUGAACCCUAUGAGGAUCUCUCUGUACAAUAG